AUAUUACUUUUCUGUUUAAAUAAGAUUUAUUGUUUAAACUUAAAGUUAUAUCUCAGAUAUAGCAUAUACACAUUUUAUGCAAAUCUCCUUUAAUUCUCUUUAACAUUCUCUCACCCCCCUUAUUUUUUUGUUUUGUUUUGUUUUUUGAGGAGGGAACAAUGUAUUUUUUUCUUCUGUGGCAAACUUUGAAAAACCAGAGAUGCCAAUAAGUAAUCUGGUCAUUGGGACAUGUUAAGUGGCCACCCUAGACUCCCGUAUUUUAAGACCCCUGGGCAAUCAAUGGAUGUACUAUUUGUUUUAUUUAUUCUCCAUUAAAAUAUUUCUAUCCUACACUGUGUAUGGUAUACAGUAUAACCAUUUUGAACUUAAAUUAUAAAGCAGUACCAAAAUUAAAAAAUUAAACAGUAACAGAUAAGUUCAACAAUGCAAAAGCAUGUCAGACAAUAUACAACAAAAGUAAACGAUUUAAAGGCAUGAGCGUGUAAACCUGGAUAAAAUAACUAGCCCCCACAUUCUUUAACAAAAGCCAUUUUUGUUUGUUUUUGUUUUUUGGUAUUAUAGCUGUAGACACAAGAUAGCCCUCCAAAAGGAGGACCUUCCAUAACUGAGGUGCCGCAGCAGAGAAGUCUCUGUCUCAUGUCCUUACACAGUAUAUUGAUCCAGCAGACUUUAAUCCAUAGAGAGGUACUCCAUUUAGAGAUUAAAUGUCAUCAUGGGGGCCUUGAAUAUUGACCCUGUUUGUUUGGCCGGUGAGUCCAACCUUUUAAAACCAGCAUCGUGUGGUUUCCAGAAGAGGCUGCAAUCUUACAACUGCUGCAUUUUGCAUUACUGUAGCUACAGGCUUCUAUCAUCCUCAAAAAUGGUCCCAUAGGAGAAUGCAUUGCACUAGUUAUUUCAGGAAGUUAACAGCGCAUCUGCUACUGAAGUUGGGUUAUCCCUGACCAAGAAAGGCCAUAGACUAGUUGAAAUGGACUAGUUGAAACGGACUCCAUAGUACACCUGGCCUCCAGUGACAGAGAUGAAUCUAGGAAUACUCCCAAGCUACAUAGCUGUUCUCUACAGGACCUAACCCAUCCAACAAAGGCCAUUUAUCCAAUUACCUGACCAGAGAACUUCUAAUCCACAGAGCACCCAUCUUAUUGGAAUUCAGAUUUGGUUUAUUGGCCCUCAUUCAUCACAUUACAGCAUCUAGGUAUGGAUUCAGCCCUUGUGCAACUCCAGUAGACUCUGCCAACAAGGAGAAAUAAAGUGGAGGGUCAUCAGCUUACUGAGAGCAUCUAAACUGAGGACUCUCAGUGAUUUCAUAUAGAUAUUAAACUGCACAUGAGAUAAGAUGGCAUCUGUGGCACUACAUGGCUUAAUAGCCAUAGUAAGAAUAAAGACACAGUGUCCUAGUGGCACUGUCUGAAGUUAGCCCUAUAGAUACAAUAAAACUAAUACGUAGAUAUAACACUGGUUGCCUUGCCUGAAAGCGUUAAAAGCCAUUUAUGUCCUGACAAAAAGGACUGGGCAGGAAGCAGUCCUAUUCAAUUGCUUUACCUGAAGUGCCAUGCCUUUUUUUUGAAGUGUUCUUGGAAUGAGUAGAACCUUUGUUCUCUUGCAAAAGUCUGGCACUUUGUGAGGAAAAACUCUUUUGUUCAAAGGGGUUGGAGCACUUGAUGCUCUUAGCCUUACCCAGACUUUGGACUGGUCCGUCGGGUUUAUUUUUAAACCAGAGAGUAAUGACACUAACCGAAGGUAUUUCAGCGAGUGAAGGUUUUCUUCCCUCCUCCUCCCAGCCUCAGCAAGUCAUCUAAGAGGGAUAAGGGAGAACGGAGUGGAAAUGGUUGACCAAGAAAGCAAGCGGAUCUCCCUUGAGAUGAACAAGAAGGAAGGUGUGGAGAACAAUGGGUUCAUCCAGAGCGACGAGAUGGAGGUGGAGGAAAUGGAAGCAGGUGCCAACAGCCUUGAAGCCUCGCCAAAACAGUGUGCUGUUGGUGUGAGUUUAGGAACUAUGCAAGAAUUAACUCUACGGCCUUAUGCUGGGAUGCCCAAAGAAGUCCUGCUUCAGUUUUCAACUCAGGCACGCUACCGAGUUACCAGAGAAAUACUUUUUUGGUUGAUCAUUGCUGCUUCCCUGGUGCUUGUGGCAGCUACCAUUGCAAUCAUUGUCAUGUCCCCCAAAUGCCUUGGCUGGUGGCAAGCUGGCCCCAUCUACCAGAUCUAUCCUCGGUCAUUUAAAGACACCAACAAGGAUGGAAAUGGCGAUCUCAAAGGUAUCCAAGAAAAACUGCCAUAUGUCGAGGAUCUCAACAUAAAAACAAUUUGGAUCACAUCUUUUUACAAAUCGGCGUUACAAGACUUUGGCUAUGGAAUAGAGGACUUUGAAGACAUAGACCCGUUGUUUGGGACAAUGAAGGAUUUUGAAGACCUGGUGGCAGCGAUCCAUGAUAAAGGUUUAAAAGUGAUAAUGGAUCUCAUCCCAAACCAUACUAGUGACAAACACAAGUGGUUUCAGCUUAGUCGCAACCGGACUGGAAAGUACACAGAUUAUUACAUCUGGCACGACUGUAUGAGUGUCGAUGGGCAAGUUAUACCUCCAAAUAACUGGGUGAGCAUACCAGGAAAUUCCAGUUGGCAGUAUGAUGAUGUCAGAAAACAAUGCUAUUUCCAUCAGUUUGGAAAAGAACAGCCAGAUUUAAACUUUCGUAACCCAGAUGUUCAAGAUGAAAUUCAUAAUGUUAUUAGAUUUUGGCUUAGCAAAGGAAUUGAUGGAUUUAGCAUCCGCACUGUUAAACUCCUUCUGGAAGCAACGCACCUGAGAGAUGAGCCUCAAGUGAAUAAAUCCCAAAAUCCGGACAGCAUCACAACCUAUUCUGAACUGUACCAUGACUAUACCACCACCCAAGUUGGCAUGCAUGACAUAGUCCGCAGUUUCCGGCAUACAAUGGAUAAGUUCAGCAGCGAACCUGGGAGAUACAGAUUUAUGGGAACCGAAGCCAAUGAUGGAGAGAACAUAGAGAAAACUAUGAUGUAUUAUGGAACACCGUUUAUUCAAGAAGCAGACUUUCCUUUCAAUCUUCACUUCAUGAACAUGCAACAAGUCUCAGGGAAUGCUGUUUUUGAAACUGUAGCUUUGUGGAUGAAAAAUAUGCCAACUGGGAAAUGGCCAAACUGGGCGGUUGGAGACCUCAAAAGUGCACGAAUCUCCUCUCGGGUUGGAAAGGAAUACAUAAAUGUCAUAAAUAUGCUUCUUCUAACUCUUCCUGGAACACCUACAACCUAUUAUGGUGAAGAAAUAGGGAUGGAAGAUAUCACUUCAGAGGCUGCAUCCUUUCCAGAAAAGUCACCUAUGCAAUGGGAUGAUGGUGAUCAUGCUGGCUUUACUGAGGGCAAUUCUACUUGGCUUCCUGUCAAUCCUGACUAUCCAAAUAUGAAUGUGCUUGUUCAACAGAGUCAACCAAAUUCUACCCUCAACUUGUAUCGAGAGCUCAAUUCGCUUCGCAACAAUGAGCUCCCCAUUCAAAGGGGAUGGAUGUGUUACAUUUGGAAUGACAGCGAUGUCUUUGUGUAUGUGAGAGAAAUGGAUGGGUUGGACCAAGUGUUUAUGAUGGUUCUGAAUUUUGGACAGGAGACUACAACAGAUCUGCAAGCUUUGGUUCCUGAACUUCCUUCAGAUGUCAUUGUAAAGCUAAGCACCAACCCAAACAAGAAGGGUGAAGGUGUAAAAACGAAAUCUAUCAAAACUGAAAAGGGUGAAGGAUUGAUUUUGGAAUACAGGACAAACAAGCCAAUCCACAACAUGAAAACUUUUGAAGAAAAAUGUUUCAUUGCAGAAAAGGCAUGCUAUUCUAGUGCCUUCAAUCUACUCUAUAUGUAUUGCUAAGUGACAGUGACUGUUUAUUCCAGAUCCAUUAAUUAAAAAGCAUUUAUAAUUUCUUGAUGAAAGGAGUGCCGAUGUGUUGAAAGGCUUAGAAUAUAUUUUGUUAUCAUUCCAGUACACAUAAACUAAUAAUAGAAAUGUUACACACCAGUUCCAAUUCUUUACUUUAUAGUGUAUUUCUCCUCACGUUGCUGUAGCAGGUUAUAAACAUAGACAGCCUGCAGCACUAUUUUCCUAAUUCACAGAAAAUAUCCCUCAUCAGAAAUAAGUUCCUGCUUUGAGCUGCAGGUGGAAUGUUUUUGCCAUAGUUUGGAAUAAUUUAGUAACUGGUAACUGAUUUGUUGUCCUUAUUCACAUACAUUUUAAAAAUUGAUUUAAAAAAUCAUACUUUUAACAUAAAAUGCUAAUAGUUAUUUCUAAAUAAUGAUUAUGCUUCUUAUAACAUUAAUUCAUUCCUAGCGAUUUUUUGGUCAUUUUAUGUUUCUGCUUUUGCUCCACGCAGUGUUGCUCCCUCAUUCACAUCAUUCUCUAGCACUAUCCAUCAUUUUGGUGGCUUUAAAGAUGGAGUUCAGUGGUUGAAUGGCUGAAUUAAAGCAUAGUUAUGACAUUAGGGCUACAUAUCUAACACAGGAUCUUGGCCACACUCAAUUAAUGAAUUACACAAAAUAUGGAUAAUCCAAGCUAAUAAACAGCAGUAAGGGAAAGGCCAUGGGUCAAAAAUAUGUGACAAAAAGAAGCUAGAUCAGUGGUUCUCAACCUGUGAGUCCCCAGAUGUUUUGGCCUUCAACUCCCAGAAAUCCUAACAGCUGGUAAACUAGCAGGGUUUUCUGGAGUUGUAGGCCAAAACACCUGGCUGAAAACCAUUGAGUUAGAUGAUCAGAAGGUCUUGACAGAUCUUCAGAAAAAAUAAAGCUGCAUAGGUUCCUCAGUGGCCAAGAAAAAAUUUAUAUUAUCCCAGUUCCUUUCUCCAGAGUGGCUCAAACACAUUACUAUAAAAUCAUCAAAGAUAAAAGUAGACUGGUUUCUUCUUCACUACUCACAAUCUACUUUUGGGUAGGCAGAGAAUGAUUUGUAGUGUGGGACUCAACAGUGUUGUUAACAUGGUCAGAUUUUGUCCACUUUUUAUUUUAUUUUAUGGUAGCAGACUGUCCUUAUAGGUGUAAAGGACUGAUUAAGGUUGUCUGUUUCAAAGACCUAUGGAAUUCCUGAAUGUUUGGGAGAUUUUUUAGCUAAGUAGGCUGCUGAUUCAAGGCAAUUCUCCCACCAACCGUGCUUGAGACAGAGGUGGGAAUGAGAGAAGGGCCUCCCUGGAAAAUCUUAAGGCUCAAGUGGGUUCAUAGGGUAGGAGGCAAUCGCAGAGAUCAUGGAGAUAAGCAGGUCUUGAAUGGACACUAGAUAGAGGCAUCCCAACUGUGACACACAGAUAGUGCAAGUUUCCCUAAAGAGGUUCCUCUGCCAUGCAUUGCCUGCUUUCUCAGCAUUUGGUGAAGACAAUUUCAACGAAUGUUCUUCUAAUUUGCAGCCUCUGAUGAGUCUUAUCAUUAAUUUUCACUGGAUGAUACUACCAUUUAGUACAGGAAAUUUUCAGUUCUGUGAGUUGCAAUGAGAGCACUAUGGCUUGGAUAAAAUCAAGGAAACAAAUAUAUGAAUGAACAGUGAUGGUAUUUAAUCAAACAAUAACAUUUGGAAUAUAACAAAAAUAGGAUUUCCUCUGUUUUUAAGAAAAGAGAUAACUGUACAAAUUAGGUAAUUCUUAAAAAUCGUAUGAUGAAUAGUUUUUAAUUCAGUCUGAAAUAUUUCUUCUGGUUUUACCAAUUGGCAAAAAACUGCUCUCCAUCUUCCCUGAUUCACUCUUGUUUGUCAAGUCCAAGCUCGUUGUACAGAAAUGCCAGUUGUGCUGCAACCUAAAACAAUAAAAAACCCCUUUUCAUUGUUAAAGAACAACAGGCUCAUUCUUUGUCGCCUUUACCACUCUUCAGAGAGAGAUUACCCGCUCUUUCCAGAUCCACUGCUGGUUCUCCUCCAAAGCUAUUAGUGCUCUUAUAACAUUGGGGAUAAUAAUGUGGGUUCUCCUGCCAUCUGAAGAGUAAUCAGAGUUCUUCUUGCUCAAUUCUCUUUAGAAAAUGGCAGCUGCUGUAAUGGGCUUUUCACUGAGAUCAGAAAAGCUUCCUGUGAAUUGAGCAUUACUGUCAGGUAUAACACAGCUUGUGAUCAGAACAGCAGCAGUAACUCUGAAGGUUGUGUCACAAAAUGCUUUCAAAAUUGCUUUGCUUCUUUCCAUGGCAGCAAGUGGGUGAAGACAGUAACUUGUUUCUGUGUAUGCAUUCUAUGUUAAGCAGAAAACUUCUUAUGCGCUCUUUCAGAACAGCUGAAUUCUGCUGAACCGCUGAACUGUAUAGACAGAAGCAACAAUGAAAUAUUUUUGUAUGUCCUUUUCCUACACAAUGAGAUUUAGGACUCCUGUUUAUAUUUUAUGUAAGUCAAAUUUAUAUAUAAAUCAAGGGCAGGUCUUGGGGUCAAAAUAAUGGGUUUUGACAUGACUUGUGGAUAAGUCAAGGGCCAUGCCAUGGAGAAGGGAAAGUGCUAGCCCCACCAUUGACAUUUUCCCAUCCAGAUUUUCAAAAGGUCUUUCCUCACUACUCAGAGAAGACAAUGGUUCUUUUUAAAGUUAUUAUCAAAGUUAAGGCAAACUACUGACACUUAUAAAAAAAUAAACCUUUUCCUUCUCUGAGCAGAGUGGUGAAAGGCAUGGGUUUAGUCCAGACAUGGGCAAACUUGGGCCAGUAGACUGUUAGGAAUGGUGGGAGCUGAAGUCCAAAACACCUGGAGGGUCCAAGUUUUCUCAGGCCUGGUUUGGUCUGUCCUGGGAAAGUCUUAGAAGAACCAAUGACCUCCUCCUCUACUCUCUUGGUACUCCAUCUGGAAACCACCAGGGUGGAGAAGGCUAACCAAAAUCAUGGAAUCUAAUCACCUAUGCUUUGUUAUCGAUCUUCGUCUUCUUCUCCCCUUAUCCCCCAACCUGUAUGGUGUUCAGUCAUCCUUCAAAUAACAUGGCAAGUAUUCAUUCCAGUUAGAAGACAUGGGAAUGCAGAAAUAGGUGCUACAAUUAUUAGUUGGUGAAUCAAAACUCUAAUUUUAACCAGAAAUAGUUUGUGUGUCUGAGUAUAUACAAAACAUUUUUCUGUGCUGUUGAAAUAAGUCACUGUCUACUUUCCUAUUCACUUAGAAUCCAGAGUAAAUUAGCAUAAAAUGAGUUAAAAUUAAUUAUUUCUAAGCUAUGAUACUGUGCAUCAUUAACCCACAAAUCAACCCAUUAAGUCUCACUGAAGGUAGUGGGGCAAAGAAGUAAUUAAAUUUAAGUCAGUAUUGCAAAGCUGUGCUUUUUGGUGAAGAGGUUUUCUUAUGAAGAAAAGUAUCAUGAUUUUUUUUUGUAAAGCACCAAUAUUACUGAUUGGGUAUUACUUAUACAAAGUGAUUGGGACCAGAAAUGUUUUAGAUUUCGGUUUCCCCCCCCCCCCUACUUUUAAAAUACCUGUUGUAUGUAUAUACAUAAUGAGAUAUCUUGGAGAUGGAAUCAAAGUCUGAAUACAAAAUUCACUUAUGUUUCAUAGACACCUUAUACAUAUAGCCUGAAGGACAUUGUAUACAUAAUAUUUUUAAACAUUUUGUGCAUGACUAUCUCAGUAACUCACGUGAACUAUUUUGUAUUCCAGAAUUAUGAAUAAAGGAUGAUCAACUGGUA